AUGCGUCUCUCUUCCCUUCGUGCGCUGUACAUCACUUGUAACAAUCAAUUGUUCUCCGAUUGCUCACUGAGCAAUGAUACGUCAUGUUUCUGUGCCAGCAGCUCACGCCCCACCGACCUGUUGGAUUGUGUUGCAAAUAAUUGCACGACUAAGGAAUUUUUUACUACAAAACGGCUGUAUGAACAAGAAUGUGACAUCACACCACUCAAAGGCCCUCCACUGGUCAGCGGCUCAACUCUAGUUCCUCUUAUUCUCGCCUCAUUUUUCUUUGUUGCGAGAAUUGUUGCUAAGAGUAUCGGUCUUGCUGGCGGAUGGGGAUGGGAUGAUUAUACAAUUAUCGUUUCAUAUGUCCUAGGAGUCGCUAUAUAUGUUCUCAAUAUAUACAUGAUCCGCAGCGGCUUUGGCCGAAAUAUCUGGGACAUCGACUUCCCCGACAUCACCAGUUUCUACCAGUAUUUCCAAGCUCUUGCUGUGACAUAUAAGAUUCAAAUUUCCCUCGCAAAGAUCUCCGUAUGCCUCUUCCUACUCCGCAUCUUCCAAUCGAGUACAUUCCGCUAUCUCGCAUACACGCUCAUUGCUAUAAACGCCGCCAUCGGUAUCAUCUGGGCUUUGGUGGAUUCUUUCCGCUGUUUGCCAACCCGAUUGAUAUGGACCGGCUGGACAAAUGAGGAAUCUGGGCAAUGCAUCAAUUUCAUCAACUCAACCUUCGUCAACUGUCUGGUGAACAUCUUUGUCGACUCGUUCAUGGUCGUGGUACCAGUGUAUGAAGUGACCAAGUUGCAAUUGCCUCUGCGGAAGAAGUUAACCGUGGCCUUGAUGUUCAUCGUGGGUUCUGUUCUAACAAUCAUUGCUAUAAUCCGAGUCAUCGUCUUCUGGAAAAACCGCUGGGGCAUCAACCAGACUGUCGGUUUGUACCCCCUCGUCCACUGGUCCGUGAUCGAAACCCAAAUCGCCGUCAUGUGCGCUUGUUUGCCUGCCUUCAGAGCUCUCCUUGGCCGAGUAUUCCCCGGAUUCCUGGGAGGUUCGUCACGGACGUACGCAUCUCCUGCGGUGGACUACUAUCAUAAACAGACGUCAGGGAAGGUGGCCGGCGCGACUGGUGCCGUAGGAAAAACAAUCGUUGAACAGAUCCUAAAUGAGAACAAAUUUUCGGUGGUGGCUCUGACACGAAGGGAACAUGUCGAAUCACCAGUCAGUAACGUACAAUACGUACAAACAGACUAUGAUGAUCACACAACACUUGUGCAACAACUAGAGCGCCAUGCAGUACAGACGGUGAUCUGUGCAAUUGGCAUGUUAGGAGAUGACUGUUCACAAGCCCAAAUCAGUUUGAUCAAAGCUGCCGACGAGGCAAGCACGGUACAAAGGUUUAUAACAAGCGAGUUUGGCUAUUUUACACGUGAAGAGUACCGCCCCCUGGCCCUCCAGAUAUACUUGAACCUGAAGCUUACACACACCUGCAGGAGACGGCAUAUUGAUCCAGGGGUGGACUGGUUCUUGGAGGCUGCAGAUAUUCUUAAAACCAGCAAGUUGACCUAUACUCGCCCUGUUUGUGGCGCCUUCAUGGAUUUCCUGGGAAUGCCAUAUGCUCGAUCAAAUAUUGCCCCAAUGAACAUUGUCAUUGACGUUCUCAAUCGACAAGCUCACAUUCCUGGGGAUGGAAAUACCCCUAUCACUAUGAUUUACAGCUAUGAUGCUGCAACAUUGGUUGCCAAGCUGUUAGAAGUUGAUGAAUGGUCUGAAUUCAGCUUUUGCAAUGGGGAUGACACAACGUUAAGUGAGGUUUUAAGGAUGGCGGAGGAAAUCUGCGGUGAAAAGUUUAGAGUCACCUAUCUGAAGGCCGAGGAGGUCGAAAAAGGCAAUGUUCCUAUACUCGAGGUUCCCGACGGAAGUGGCAUUCAGCCAAAGGAACUUUUAGACUACAGUGUAUUCGGCUACAUAUUCCCCGAGCCGCAGUCAAAGCCCAUUAUUCAUCCUCUAGUCGGCAUCCUGCUGCUCAAGGAUCUGAACGAUACCGAUCUCGCUACUAGUAUCUUCCUAAGGGACCUGGGGAUCGGAAAGGCUGAAUAG